GUGACUGGUUGGUACAUGAUCUUUCUGGAGAAGGUAAAUUAGAAAGAAGUAGUACUAUUACUGUUACAGGAAAACAUUGGCACUCAAAUCCAUACAGAACAUGUUUUAGCUACUCUUUUCUAUAGCGACUUAACUUAAAUAUGCAUAAAAUGCCUCCAUGUCUUUCCCUUUGAAUGUGUAUUUAAUUUUAAAGUCCUUUUCUGAACUUGGUCUUUUCCUUGACUGAUCCCCUUUGCACCUGGUUUGAAAGAAUCAGUAUGCUGGUAAUUCUCCUGAACUGUGUCACUUUGGGCAUGUUCCACCCUUGUGAAGACAUGGGCUGUGACUCUCCACGCUGCAAGAUUCUCCAGAGUUUUGAUGAUUUUAUCUUUGCCUUCUUUGCGGUGGAAAUGAUAAUCAAGAUGAUUGCCUUGGGGAUUUUUGGGAAGAAGUGCUACCUGGGAGACACGUGGAAUCGUCUGGAUUUUUUUAUAGUUGUAGCUGGCAUGCUGGAAUAUUCUCUGGACUUGCAGAAUGUCAGUUUCUCGGCUGUUCGGACAGUCAGAGUACUCCGGCCUUUGAGAGCCAUUAACAGAGUUCCCAGUAUGCGCAUUCUGGUCACUCUGCUUUUGGACACACUUCCUAUGUUGGGGAAUGUCCUCCUUCUCUGUUUCUUUGUCUUCUUCAUCUUUGGUAUUGUUGGAGUCCAGCUUUGGGCAGGGCUACUUAGGAACCGCUGCUAUCUACCUGAAAACUUCAGUCUGCCUUACACUUUGGAGCUGGAAUCCUACUAUCAGACAGAGAAUGAAGAUGAAAGCCCUUUUAUCUGCUCCCAGCCUCGAGAAAACGGGAUGCGGGAUUGCCGCAGUGUUCCCAUACGGAGGGAGGAAGGCCUGGUGUGCACCCUGAACUAUUAUUCCUACAAUGACACCAGCAACACCUCUUGUGUCAACUGGAACCAAUAUUACACAAACUGUUCUGCUGGGGAUCACAACCCUUUCAAAGGAGCAAUCAAUUUUGAUAACAUUGGAUAUGCAUGGAUUGCAAUAUUUCAGGUCAUCACCCUGGAGGGCUGGGUAGAUAUCAUGUACUUCGUCAUGGAUGCUCAUUCCUUCUACAACUUCAUCUAUUUCAUUCUCCUGAUCAUUGUGGGCUCUUUCUUCAUGAUAAAUCUCUGCCUUGUGGUCAUAGCAACCCAGUUCUCGGAGACCAAGCAGCGAGAGAGCCAGCUAAUGAAGGAGCAACGGAUCCGCUACCUCUCCAAUGCAAGCACGUUGGCUAGCUUUUCAGAGCCUGGAAGCUGUUACGAUGAACUUCUCAAAUAUCUGGUCUAUGUCCUUCGGAAGACUGGCAAGCAAGUGAUGGAAACCUGUCAGACCGCAGGGGUAAAGAUGGGCUUCCUCUCCAGCCCAGGUAGCAAGAACAGUGCAGAGAGACAACCGUGCAAACAUCGUCCACGGAAAAGAUCAUCAGUGCAUCAUCUCAUUCACCAUCACCAUCAUCACCACCACCACUAUCACUUAGGCAAUGGAAGCCUACGAGCUCCACGAGCCAGUCCAGAAAUUAGUGAUGUGGAAACCAGCUCCCUUCACAACGGUGCCAAUCGGUUGAUGCUUCCCUCAGUAGUCAAUCCUUCUCACGUGGCGUCUGGGAACACGGAAUCUGUUCACAGUAUCUACCAUGCGGACUGUCAUUUUGAGCCAAUUCAUUGCCAAUCCUCUCUCUCUCAGACUGGUCUCAGUUUGCCGGGACCCGAGGUGCUUCCCAGGACUGUUGUUGGCAGCAAGGUUUACCCAACUGUACACUCAAGUAGCUCCCACGAGGUCCUCAAAGAUAAAGGUUUGGCAGAGUCCACAUUGAACCCCGGGGUUAGCACGCUGAUGAAUCUUAACAUCCCUCCUGGGCCUUAUAGUCCGAUGCAGAAGAUAUUGGAAACACAGAGCACUGGUCCCUGUCAAAGUUCCUGCAAGAUUUCCAACAAAGGGGGGAAACCUGACAAUCUUUGCAGCCCAGAAAGUUGUCCCUAUUGCACAAAAACUCUGGCUAACAAUCCAGAGCAGAAGGAUCAUGAGGCAGGAGACUCAGACAGUGAUGCAGUAUAUGAAUUCACCCAGGAUGCUCACUACAGUGAUCAACGAGACCCUCAGCGCCAGAAAGCUCGGGGAAGAAACACAUUAAAACUUCUAGCCUUUUGGAAGGUGAUUUGUGAGACAUUUCGGAAGAUUGUGGAUAGCAAAUACUUUGGCCGUGGCAUCAUGAUUGCUAUCCUGAUCAAUACACUCAGCAUGGGCAUUGAAUAUCAUGAGCAGCCAGAAGAACUCACCAAUGCACUGGAAAUCAGCAAUAUUGUGUUUACUAGCCUCUUUGCCCUAGAGAUGCUUCUGAAGCUUCUUGUGUAUGGCCCUUUUGGUUACAUCAAAAAUCCCUACAAUAUCUUUGAUGGAAUCAUUGUAGUGAUCAGUGUGUGGGAGAUAGUUGGACAGCAAGGUGGAGGCUUGUCUGUUUUAAGAACCUUCCGUCUUAUGCGAGUUCUAAAACUGGUCCGGUUUAUGCCUGCUCUUCAACGCCAGUUAGUGGUCCUCAUGAAAACCAUGGAUAAUGUGGCCACCUUCUGCAUGCUACUGAUGCUCUUCAUCUUUAUCUUCAGUAUCCUUGGGAUGCAUCUCUUCGGGUGUAAGUUUGCCUCAGAGAGAGAUGGAGACACUCUCCCUGACAGGAAGAAUUUUGAUUCUUUGCUCUGGGCCAUUGUUACUGUUUUCCAGAUACUGACCCAGGAAGACUGGAAUAAAGUCCUCUACAAUGGCAUGGCUUCUACCUCUUCCUGGGCCGCUCUCUACUUCAUUGCCCUCAUGACAUUUGGGAAUUACGUUCUCUUUAAUUUGUUGGUUGCUAUCUUGGUGGAAGGCUUUCAGACAGAGGAAAUCACCAAACGGGAAGCAGCGAGUAGGCAGUUAAGCUGUAUUCAGCUGCCUGUCGACUCGUCAGUGAAAGGCAAACUAGGAGUGAAAAAACAGGGGGAUGCUACCAAGUCUGAUUCUGAGGGGGAACUUUUUCCCCAUACUUUGGAAGAAGAGUGUGGACUUAAGAAAAAUUUUUCAAAUCCAACUUUGAUGGCUCUUUGUGACCAUCCAGAGCUAAAGAAGAGCUUGACGCCCCCACUUAUCAUUCACACAGCAGCUACACCCAUGUCCAUGCCAAAAAGUGCCAUCUAUGGAGAAGUGGCUCAGGACUAUGGUUCUCGAAGAGCUAGUGGCACCUCCAUGGAUCCUAAUACAUUUGAUCUCAAAUCCCCGGUCAGUGUCCGGAGUUCUCCACAUAGCCCAUGGAGCGCAGGAAGUAGCUGGAACAGCCGCAGGUCGAGCUGGAACAGCAUCGGGCGAGCACCUAGCUUGAAACGCCGUACGAACCAGAGCAGUGAGCAUAAAUCGCUUUUGUCAGGGAAUGGGAAGCAGAGUUCAGAGGAAGGGGAAAGCUCAGAUGAAGAGCAAUCCAGCAGGACUGGGAGCUUCAACGGCUCUAUACCUCAUCGCAUGGAGUCACUAGAAACCAAAGGCUCCUUUGACUUUCAAGAUACCCUGCAGGUGCCUUCUCUUUACCGGACCAGCAACAUCCACAGUAGCCACACCUCUGCAGCAGACUACAGUGGCAAAGCCACCUCAAGAGUCUUGAUUCAGCAGCUUCAUUUGGAUGAUCUGCUCCCAGAAUGUGAUGAUUUGGAUGAUGAAGGCAAUUUAAGUAAAAAGGAUCGCAUGAAGGCUUGGAUAAGGGCACACCUCCCUUCCUGGUGCAAGGAGAGAGAUUCCUGGUCUGUCUACAUCUUUGCUCCUCAAUCUAAAUUCCGUAUCAUAUGCAAUAAAAUCAUUUCCCACAAGAUGUUUGAUCACAUCGUCUUGGUUAUCAUUUUCCUGAACUGUAUCACCAUUGCAAUGGAGCGUCCUAAAAUUGAGCCCCACAGUGCUGAACGGAUUUUCCUCACUCUCUCCAACUAUAUUUUCACAGCAGUGUUCUUUGCAGAAAUGACCAUAAAGGUGGUGGCUCUGGGCCUGUGCUUCGGAGAGAAGGCCUACUUGCGAAGCAGUUGGAAUGUGCUGGAUGGAGUUCUGGUCCUAAUCUCUGUGGCUGACGUCCUGGUUUCAAUGGUUUCUGAUAGUGGAACGAAAAUUCUUGGAAUGCUAAGAGUUUUAAGGCUUUUGCGAACUCUUAGGCCAUUAAGGGUCAUCAGUCGAGCGCAAGGACUGAAGCUGGUUGUGGAAACCCUGAUGUCCUCCCUGAAACCCAUUGGAAACAUUGUUGUGAUUUGCUGUGCUUUUUUCAUCAUUUUUGGCAUCUUGGGAGUCCAGCUGUUCAAGGGGAAGUUUUUUGUCUGCCAAGGAGAAGACACAAGGAACAUUACCAACAAGUCAGACUGUGCAGAAGCCAGCUAUAAAUGGAUCCGGCACAAGUAUAAUUUUGAUAAUCUUGGCCAGGCUUUAAUGUCUUUGUUUGUUCUGGCGUCUAAAGACGGGUGGGUGGACAUCAUGUACGAUGGAUUGGAUGCUGUAGGAGUAGAUCAGCAGCCAGUCAUGAACUAUAACCCUUGGAUGCUCCUCUACUUUAUCUCCUUCCUGCUGAUUGUUGCCUUCUUUGUGCUCAACAUGUUUGUGGGGGUCGUGGUGGAGAAUUUCCAUAAAUGUCGUCAGCAUCAGGAAGAAGAAGAAGCCAAGAGACGAGAAGAGAAGAGGCUCAAACGCCUGGAGAAAAAGAGAAGGAAUCUAAUGCUGGAUGAUGUAAUAAUGGACAGCUCAGCCAGUGCAGUGCCAGAAGCACAGUGUAAACCGUAUUACUCUGAUUAUUCUCGCUUCCGACUUCUGAUUCACCAAAUGUGCACCACCCAUUAUCUGGAUUUAUUCAUCACAGGUGUGAUUGGGUUCAAUGUCAUCACCAUGGCCAUGGAGCAUUACCACCAGCCCAAGAUUCUCGAGGAAGCUCUGAAGAUCUGCAAUUACAUUUUCACAAUCAUCUUUGUCAUGGAAUCAGUUUUCAAGCUCAUUGCAUUUGGGUUUCGUCGGUUCUUUCAAGAUAGGUGGAAUCAAUUAGACCUAGCAAUCGUCCUAUUGUCCAUCAUGGGGAUCACGCUGGAAGAGAUUGAGGUGAAUGCAUCACUGCCCAUCAACCCUACCAUUAUCCGCAUUAUGAGGGUCCUCAGGAUUGCUCGAGUGUUAAAAUUGCUGAAGAUGGCUGUAGGGAUGAGAGCUCUUCUGGAUACAGUCAUGCAAGCACUGCCUCAGGUGGGGAAUCUAGGUCUCCUCUUCAUGUUGUUGUUUUUCAUAUUUGCAGCUCUUGGGGUGGAGCUGUUUGGGGACCUUGAAUGUGAUGACACUCAUCCCUGCGAGGGUUUAGGGAGGCAUGCAACAUUUCGCAACUUUGGAAUGGCUUUCCUCACACUCUUCCGUGUAUCCACAGGAGACAAUUGGAAUGGGAUAAUGAAGGACACUUUGCGGGACUGCGAUGAGGAAUCUACCUGUUACAACACCGUCAUCUCGCCUAUCUACUUCGUCUCUUUUGUGCUGACAGCCCAGUUUGUCCUGGUGAAUGUGGUGAUUGCUGUCCUGAUGAAGCACCUGGAGGAGAGUAACAAGGAAGCUAAAGAAGAAGCAGAACUGGAGCUGGAGUUGGAAAUGGAAAUGAAGACAAUCACACCGGGUGGGCACCCACCUUCUGAUUCUUUCAUGUGGACAAGCGGUAACACAGGAGAACGGCCUGAGAGUCCUGGAGGAUACACCAACCCCAUGCAAAUCAAAAUGAAUUCUCAGCUAUCCAUGAUUCAUCCUAUGGAAAGACACUUGUUUGAUACCAUAUCACUGCUGAUCCAAGAAUCUCUGGAAGGAGAGUUGAAGCUGAUGGACAACCUGUCAGGCUCUGUAUGCCAUCAUUAUGCCCUUCCAACUACUGACACUUACAACCCUGAGAAACAGAUCCCUCUAGCUGAGAUGGAGGCUUUGUCUCUGACGUCAGAUAUUCUCUCUGAAAAUUCCUGGUCCUUAGCUCUGACGGAUGACUCUUUACCUGAUGAUAAUAACACACUCUUACUUAAUGCCCUGGAGAGCAAUACUGAUAUUCCUUCCAUUAAUGAUGACCCCCUGAUUCUCUCAUCAAAUCAGGAUCUGCUGAGAGUAGGGAAGACUUCUGUGGGCCGCACCCAUUCUCUGCCAAAUGACAGCUAUAUGUUUCAGGCUCCAGAUACUGGCCCCCAUGAUACUUCCUCGGGAGAAAAAAACUCAACUCAUCAAAAAUCUCAGUCAGGGUCAGCUACGUCGGUGCAGUCUCAGCCUGCGAGUAUUGAUGCUGCUCUACACAUUGCCAGAAAUCGAUUCCACCCUCUCAAGCCCCAAUACAAUCUUGACUGGGAAAGCAAACCCAAAGUUGCUCCACCUGCACGUUCUCCAUGUGCAGAACGGCUACUUCGUAGACAGGUAAGCUGGGCUAGCAAGGUGGUCCUCUCAUUUAUUUUCAUUCAACGUGCAAGCUGCAGGCUUAAUCUGAUGUGAUUGCAAAAU